UGUAUUUUGUAGGCACCAAGCACAUAUUGGAUGUCAUGUAAAUGUGAAAUGCUCUAACAAUAGUAACUGAGACAGUUGAGAAACUUAAGGAAGGGAAGUCACCAUUUUGAAUUUAGCUUUUUAUUGAUGGGUUGAGUGAUUUGGGAGAGACAAUGUGGCUCCAAGGCUAAAGAGCCCACAGGGAUUCAGAGGGCAAAGGUUUGGAUAUCAGUCAAAGCAGCAGCUACAGUGAUCUCAGGCAAGCAGCUUCCUUCUUCUGGAUGUCAAUUUUGUCCCAGGAAUACUAGGCUUGAUGCCACAAAACUAUCUCCAAGGGGUGUUAAGCCGGAGUUGCUAUAAGUGGUUGUUCAGAUUGUAUACUGUAAAAGGGCUCCAGAUGGGGGUUAAGUGGGAGUCAGCAUGUAGUUCACUCUUGUGUUCAUCCAUCUGCAUGCUGGGGAGGUCCGUCUGGAGGAAAGGGACGCUUUUUCCAAUGUGCACAAUAGUACUAUUUGGGCUAGUACUGACCCUGUGUCAAGCAAUUUGACAGCGAUGGGGCACGACACAGAAUGGAUAAAUUCAUUCGCUCCAGCUACUGAAUACCUAGUAUAUGCCAGGCCCAAUUUUAGUCUAAGGAUUGGACAAUGGAUCUAACUUCCCUCGGAUUUUCCCCCUUUUCACCAGCCCAUCUUCUGCUAUAUUCCUGCUGAUGAAACGGUCACCCCCACCCAUUUCUCUUCGGCCCACUGCCAGCACUGUUGUUUCAUUAUUCUCACUUGGACUAUUCCAGCAGAUGGACUUCUACGUCUAUUCCCGUUUUACGUUGUACUUUUGAGCCGGGGUCUCGCUAAACCGCGAAUCGUUCAGCUCCUAUUCGCGUUUCUCUGGUCUCACCCUCCCAGAGGGCUAGGAGUAGAGGCGUAAACUCCCAGGCCCGGCCGAAAAAAAUUAACUUGAAACAGACUGAGGCGAAUGGCUUGAAAAGAAGGCGGCAAAACUGAGUAGUGCUAUAUAAAAACAACGCUGUAAUGUACAACAGCGUUGAGUAAUGUUUACGUUACAUAACCUAAAAAUACCUCCCCCCCAUGGCUUCGGCGGCAAGGACGUUUCCCGCGGCGGCAGAAUCAGCAAUACAGACUGGCGUACACAAUAGGAAGCAGAGACACUGCAGAUUACUUUUUCAAGAACUUUAGCAGUUAAGGCACGACUGAGUGGGACGUGAAGCCACUGGCGGGCCAAGAGCGCACGAGAAACGUCCUCUGGAAGCCACACACCCUCCUCGCCCUGUUCACCAGCCCCGCCCCGCGUGACGAACGUGGUGGGCGUGGCGCGGCGGCGCGCAGACUACGUUCCCCAGAAGGCCUCGCGGCAGGGGCGGAGCCGAGGCCUCGCGCGAGCCCCAGCGGCGAGCGGAAGAGACGGAGCUUCUUGGAGGCGGCGGAAGAGGAGGUCGACGGCGUCCCGAUUGAGGUGGUGCCAUGCAGGAAGAAGUGGAGAGAUGCAAAGGUCGAACCAAAAGGCCUGACAUGGCGCUUUAUGUACCUAAAGCUCGUAGGAGUACAGUUCUCCUUAAGACAGGUGAUAAGGAAAAGAACUGUGGUUCUCCUAACUCUGUGAUGAAAGAACAACGAAAAGGAAGUUGUCUUUCCCACAAGCAGAUCUUUGAAGACAAACUAGAGGCUCAGAGACUAAGUAUAAACCCUGAUAAUAAUUGUCAAGAAGAAAAGAGAUCUUUAACAAAAUUAAGAAAAGACACCUGCCUUUAUAAAAGGAAUAAAGACAGGGUUUGUACUAAGAAAGGACUAACGGUUUCCAGAGAAGUAUUAUCCCAAGAACAUCAACAAAGAGUCUCAAAUGCUGGGAUUAUGCCUCAAGCACCUUUACAAAUACAUUUUAAACCAAAGACAAUGGAAUAUUCAGAGGUUAAUGGUACAGAAGUGACAGGAUAUGAAGGAAUAGUUCUAUCACAGUCCUGUUCAAAAAUUAGUGAGGUCAAUCAGGUUCUAAGUGGACCAUUUCAGAAUAUGGAAUUAUGUGACUUCAGUAGACAUGAGCUAAGUAGGGAAAAUUGUGAAGACAAAGAUUUGGGAUGCAGAAUUGAAACUGAUGCUAAAAUUGGGGAAGUAAUACAAGAGCUUCCUAGCAGUCUUACUGCUGAGAGUGUGCUUGUACCUGCAGAACAGUGCUUGGCUUCUGAACUUACACAACAGAAUGUACAAAUACCCGAUGGAACACUGAAGCUCAGCAGUGGAAGCAUCACUGCUAUUUCUGUUUCUGGAAGUCCAGAUGUUGUCAUUGAUCAGACUCAUGUAGACUUUCAAGUUGAGAAUAUAGCUGAUAAAGCCGACAGUACAGAUUUCAUCUUGGGUCAGAAAGAUAUAGAUUCCAUUCCUGAGACUAUGGCUCAUAUUGUCCAUAAAAUGACUAUGGUCAGCAAAUUAGAGCACACAAGUAGCAUUACUGAUCCAAUGAUUAGAGGAUGUGAGGAGAAUGACAGCACUGAUGAUGAGUUAUGUGGAAAGUAUAAACCUUUGGAUACAGCUGUUCUUGUUCAUGAAACAGAUGAUGGACCUAAGCGUAUAGAUGACAUUACUAGUAAGGCAUGUGUGAUGGAUAUCACAGGUGCCACGUGUGAUCAUGUAUGUGUAGGUAGCCCUUGCGUAGUUCGACUAGCUGAUACUUGUAGUGAUGCAGAUAGAUUCUCAAAAUACAUAGAAAUGAGUGCAGAUGAAGCCCCUCCUCAUGUAGUUAGAAGUGAGAAUGACUCUGGAAAUUUCAGCAGCCUAACUGCUUGCUCAGAUACUUAUGUUGCAAGUGUUUCAUCGUGUUUUAUAGAGUCAACAGGAAAGUUGAUAGAAAAUAUGUCAGAUUGUACUUCCUCCUUACCUAUCAAGAAGAUUGCUGGUAAUAAUUAUAACACUUUUUUGGACUCUGAACUACAUACGUCAAAUGGACCAAAAGAACUUACAGGGAGUGCCUUAGGCAAUGGUCUGGAUAUUACUGGUGAUAUAACAGAGGCAUGUGAACUAAGAACUGCUGAAGAGUUCAAAACAAAAGAACAAGAUGACACAGAGAAUAUAGAAUUUGGUGUAGAAUUUCCUGUUAGAGACUCCUCUAUGGAAACAUCCAUGGAACUAAAAUCAGCUGAAACUUUUCAUGCAACACAAGGUACUGCUAUGGAGGAAAGCUGGGAAUCUAUGUUUAACGAUGAUGGUGAUUGCAUAGAUCCACGUCUUCUGCAAGAGUUAUCAGGGAAUAUAAAGAACAAAGAAAGUAUCCAGGAACCUAGAUUUGAUUAUUACAACCACAAAGUUCCCGAUAUUGACCUCAGUGAAUGUGAGUUCCCACAUGUCAUUGAAAUUUAUGACUUCCCCCAAGAAUUUCGUACAGAAGACCUUCUACGGGUUUUCUGCAGUUACCAAAAGAAAGGAUUUGAUAUUAAAUGGGUGGAUGAUACACAUGCUUUAGGAAUAUUCUCCAGUCCAAUCACAGCUCGUGAUGCUUUGAGUAUUAAACAUAACAUGGUGAAGAUCCGGCCCUUGUCACAGGCCACAAGAGCAGCCAAGGCCAAGGCUAGAGCUUAUGCUGAAUUCCUUCAGCCAGCGAAGGAGCGUCCUGAGACUUCAGCAGCCCUAGCCAGAAGGUUAGUCGUCAGUGCCCUUGGGGUUCGAAGCAAGCAGAGCAAGACCGAACGGGAGGCAGAGCUCAAGAAACUGCAGGAAGCCAGAGAAAGAAAACGUUUGGAAGCCAAGCAAAGAGAAGAUAUCUGGGAAGGCAGAGAACAGUCUGUAGUUUGAGCAUCAUUCAGUGAAGAGUAAACUCCAUGAAUUAAAAAAAUAUUUCUCUAUCCUCAAAUACAAGGAUCCUUCAGAGCUAUGCACAUGCAGACAUGCAUGUUAAAGAAAGAGAAAAAGCUAUCAAGACAAACAUUGACUGGGUAGAAAGAAAACAGACACUUGUCUUCACUCCUAAAUGCAGUUCUUCGCUGUUGCCCUACUGUGGUAGAUAUGAAAGGGAGUGGUCAGCUGGGAAGAAACAUGGAAGAUGUAGCUUCCAGGAGGCCCGUGGACAGAGCAAGCCGUGUGAGCGUGGAUCAUACUUCAAGGUGUGUGAAGCAGAGCAGAAGAUCCAAGCAAGCAGUGAUGGGAGGUUUCGGCCCUGCAAAGGCAGCGCAUUCCUUGUUACCUUACACAGCUGAAAAAAGCAGUAUUGGGGAUAGGAAUGGAGGACACGUGAGGAGCAGUUCAGACAUGGACAGACCAGAGUUGUACUUGGCACACACAGUCACACUGCUGGUCCCAGAACUCCAGAGCUGGUGAUCUGUCACAGAUGGGGGUAUUUGGAUCCGGAGUGGUACUAAACUCCAUGCCUGGGGCUGCUCCAGGUAUACAGCAACCAGGCACUUGCCCACUGCAUUCCUCCAGCCACUCUUGAGGAGUUGCAUGUCAUUUCUACUUUAAGCAGUAAUUUAUUGUAAAAGGGAAACAUUAAAGGCCAUUUUACAACAUA